UCUGGCGAGAAAGGUUUAAAUUGCAGCCCCCACAACCUGAUCCCCCCGUCCAAGUUUCAACGUUGAGGGAACACGCCAAUUGAUUCAAAGCACCUGGAUCUCACGGCUGGUUCGUGUCAGUGGCUUCCCUCUCAUCUUCUUCCGUUACAUUCUCUGCCCUGUUUCCCUUUCUCUUCUCUUUCGAUAUCGCUCUGUGCUGUGAGUUGCUCGGUUUCCCGAGUGAAAAGGGGAGUCAAGAUGCCCAAGUUUUCAAAUGUCCUUUACUAUGCCAUUCAUGUUCAGGAAUUGAGGUCAAUCAUCCAAUGGAAGCUGUGGCAUGAUCCUGUCCAUGAGCGGAACGAGGCCAAGGAGACCCCGACCAUGCGGACCUGUUUCGCUCUGCUAGAAAAGACCAGUCGAAGCUUUGCUAUGGUCAUCCAGGAGCUCCACCCAGAACUUCUGUUUGCUGUAGCUCUAUUCUACCUCAUCCUUCGCGGUCUUGACACGGUCGAAGAUGACAUGACAAUUGCUUUGGAUGAAAAGGACCCCCUCCUCCGCGAUUUCCACAAGGUGUUGCGGAAACCGGGCUGGAACUACAAUGGCAAUGGCCCGAAUGAAAAGGAUAGAGACGUGCUUGUGAAGUUUGAUGUUAUCAUUGAGGAGUUCCUGAAAAUCAAGCCUCAGUACAGGGAGACCAUUGAAGACAUCACUAACAAAAUGGGAAAUGGCAUGGCUGACUAUGCUCGCAAUGCCGAGCACAACAUUAAUGGAGUUAAUUCAAUCAAGGACUACGACCUUUACUGCCAUUACGUGGCUGGUCUCGUCGGCGAGGGUCUUACUCGACUAUUCGUGGAUAGUGGUCUGGCAAAUGAAGCUCUUCUUGAGCGGCCACACCUACAAGAGUCCAUGGGACUGUUCCUUCAGAAGACUAACAUCAUUCGUGAUAUCCGCGAGGACUUUGACGACAAGAGAAGAUUCUGGCCAAAGGAGAUUUGGUCCCGACACGUUGAGAAGUUUGAGGACCUCUUUGAUGAAAAGAAUCUCGAUAAAGCUCUGAACUGCAGUUCUGACAUGGUCUUGAAUGCGUUAGAACACGCUGACGAAUGCCUCUUCUAUCUCGCUGGUCUGAGGGAACAGAGUGUGUUCAACUUUGCCGCCAUUCCGCAAGCCAUGGCCAUUGCCACCCUUCACCUUGUGUUCCGGAAUCCUGAUAUCUUCAAAAAGAACAUCAAAAUCACCAAGGGUGAGGCUUGUCAGAACAUGCUCGAGUCGACUCAAAACCUGAAGACAAUCUGCGACUUGUUCCGACGCUACACACGGAAGAUUCAUCAAAAGAACGUUCCAAAGGAUCCAAACUUCUUAAAGAUUAGCAUGGCCUGUGGAAAGAUUGAACAAUUCGUUGAGGCCAUCUUUCCAUCGCAAGACCCGAAGGCUGUCGUGCGUCAGAGCUCCGGUGGUCUGGUUGAGCCGACAGAGGAGGCGAAGAAGCAGGCACAGGCAGAUGCCGAGGCUCGCAAGGAUGUCUUCUGGCUCUUCGUUGCCGUCUUUGCCACUCUAUUUUUUGUGUCAGCCGUGAUGAUUGCCAUAGCGUGGUUUAUGGGUGCACGCUUUGAUCUGGCCUUUGACCAAGCAAAGCAACAUCUGCCCUUUGGGCUAUCUUCCAAGCCAAGCCCCAUUGCAAGCAAAAUUCCUCACGGGGAGUUGUAAUAUUUGUUCAUUUCGCAGCAUGAAGACGCUGGCAUUGUCCAUGCUUAAGAAAGUUCGGGAAACGAUUUACUGAUAUGAUGUUUAAUACACUAAUGUACGAUAUCCAGCUACAGCAAUAAUACUAUUAUAUGACCCUCAUCCUUGUUGCAUGUCCAGCGUAUUCAGCCUUUUCCCUUUUUUUUAUUGAUGCUGGAAAAACAAAAUUUCCAGAUGGCACGGAUGUCAAAUUGCAAUUCGGCCCUUUCCAUGGCUGCAGUUGUGCCGAAGAAGUGCCUAUAUGAAUCUUGCACAUUGCCCAGUGAUGGGACCCUUCUCUGCUGAGCUUCUUCUCAUCUCACGAGCUUUGCGAGAGCGGUGUUGUGUACAUUUUCUAAAUCUGAAAUUUCGCCUUUGCUUUGGACCUGAAAAA